AUGGAACGGUGGUUCAAAACGGGCUCCAUAAGACCUGAAAAUCGUAAGCCAACAACUGUUGAUCAAUCAAAGGAAGAUAUCAAUUGUUGUAGCAAAAAUGUUUUAGAGUCUACGAUACCUGAUGUAGAAAAUCUGAAAGGAAACAAAAAACGAAAAUAUGACGAUUCAUAUUUAGACAUGGGAUUCACUGAAUUUUCAGAUGGGCGUCCUCAGUGUGUGAUAUGUAACAAAGUUUUGCCUAAUAGCUCAAUGUUCCCUGCUAAGCUAAGACGACAUUUUGAAACUCAUCCUGACUUCACAAAUAAAACUGCAGACUAUUUCAAAAGAAAAAGUGAUGAACUCCAUGCAACUCAGAAAACGUUUAUAUCUCAUGUAAAGACACAUUCCGAAAAAUCACUGAAAGCAUCGUACUUAGUUAGUCAUGAAUUGGCUCUUGCUGGCAAACCGCACACCCUCGCUGAAACUCUUAUAAAACCACUAUUAGUGAAAGUAGUGAAGUGUAUGGCCGAUGAAAAAACUGCGACUAUGAUCUCAAAUAUACCUUUAUCAAAUAAUACUGUGCGUAGUCGAAUUCAGGACUUAUCACACGAGGUUAAAGACACCAUAAUUUCUCGUAUCGGUCAAACAAAAUUUUCGUUACAACUUGACGAAUCUACGGACGUCGCCGGAUUAGCUGUGAUGAUGACAUUUGUACGGUACGAAUUUUCUGGUAUUUUUCAUGAAGAUAUUUUGUUUUGCAAACCACUUCCAUCCUCAACAAGCGGAAGUGAAAUUUUUUCUAUGCUUGAUGCCUUUUUCAUUGAAAACUCAAUACCAUGGAACAAUUGCAUUGACGUGUGCACAGAUGGCGCAAAGGCCAUGGUAGGUAAUGUUGCUGGCGUUGUUGCAAGGAUCAAAAAAGUUUCACCAAAUUGCACGAGUAGUCAUUGUGUAUUACAUCGACAUUCCCUCGCAACGAAAAAAAUGCCAGUGUUAUUAAAGCAAGUGCUUGACAACGCCGUUAAAAUUAUUAACCAUGUUAAGACACGACCUUUGCAGUGUAGACUGCAAAAAAUACUAUGUGAAGAUAUGGGAGCUUUAUUCAAGUCAUUGUUAUUACACACAGAAGUACGGUGGUUGUCGCGAGGUAAAGCAUUGUCCCGCUUACUUGAACUUCGAACGGAAGUUUUUUCAAUUUUGAAAGACAAUAAUAGUUUGCUAACAGAUUAUUUGAAUGACCAGGAAUGGUUGUGCAAAUUAUGUUAUUUGGCAGAUAUUUUUUCAAAAAUGAAUGAAUUUAGCACAUCUAUCCAAGGAAAACAAAAGACAAUAUUUGAUGCUAAUGAUAAAAUUUUUGCGCUAAAGAAAAAAAUAGCAUUCUACAUUGAAAGCGUCGACAAUAAAGACUUGACAUUGACGUCAAAACCAGCAGCUCUCAAUGCAGCAGAAUACGAGGUUCUUAUUGAUAUGGUUUCGGAUAGUUACUAUCAGACAUCAUUUAAAAGCAAACCAAUAUCUGAAUUUUGGGCUCAGUUAGGGAAAGAUCAUUCAAUAUUAAGUUCAAAAGCUAAACUGCUUUUACUGCCUUUUGGUACUACGUAUCUUUGUGAAACCGCUUUUUCGAGGUAUACAGCUACAAAAACCAAAUAUCGAUCACGUUUGGAUGCAGAAGACGAUAUGUGUCUUCAACUGACUUCUGUGAUACCGGACAUCGACAAACUUAGUAGUAAAAAGCAGGCCCAUUGUUCACAUUAA